CACCAAUUUUUUCUUUUAAUUUUUUGUUUGUAUCGAUGAAGGCUCAGCUAACCGAGCAGCCUUUACAGUCAACCGAGCAGCCCUAUGAAGAAACACUGAAAAUAUUUUUCUCAUACCACUCUUGUCAAUUGAGAAUUUGAAAUCUUUCUGCAAUCAACUCCAUUUGGUGUAUCUUUCAUCAGGUUAUUCUGAGAUUUUUUUCAAUAACUGAGAAGAAUUAAUGGCGGUAAGAGAUGAGAAUUCAAUUCAUGAUCCAGAACCACAUAUAAUCAGAAUAGAAGAAACAGUUGUCGAUUCAACAAAUAUUGCUCCCCAAGUGCCGAACAAGGUCGAGAAAAAUGGUGAUUCAACUCAAAAGACACCUUCCCCACAUCAACUUUCUGGUAAAAACUACGGAAAGGUUAAUACCAAAAUCUGUGUGGCUCUUUAUUGGGCUGCAUUAAAAGGUGACUGGGCAACUGCCGAAGUUUUGUUAGGACAAGAUCGAUCACUGUUGUGUGCCAGGAUCACAAAGAAUGGCGAAACUGUUCUUCAUAUUGCAGCAGGAGCAAAACAAAUUGGAUUUGUAGAGAAGUUUCUAGAAUUGAUAGAACCUGAAGACCUUACUCUGAAAGACAGAAAUGGAAAUUCGGCCUUUUGUUUUGCAGUGGCAGCUGGAGCUAUCCAAAUUGCUGAAAAUAUGUUGAAAAAGAAUGAAAAACUGUUGGCAACUCGAGGGGGGCAAGAUGUGACUCCAAUCUAUCUAGCUGCGAUAUUUGGUUACAGGGACAUGACAUUAUAUUUAUAUAGGAAGGCCAAAUUCAACGGCAUUAUUUUGUCCAGGGACGACAAGGGUUCUCUAUUUUUUGCUUGUCUGAGUACAGGACUAUACGAUCUCGCAAUUGAGUUGCUAAAGGAUCUUCCAGAGUUAGCUAUGGCUUGUGACAAAAAUCAAGAUACGGCCUUGCAUAUUUUGGCUCGACAGCCUUCAUCAUUUGCCGGCAGAAAAGGAGGACUAUCGAAGCCGCUUAUCACCUCAAUCCCAGGAAGGAAGUUCAAUCACAACACGGAUUCGACAUCAACUCAAGCUCUUGAAUUAGUAGGAUGUCUUUGGGACAUAUUAACAGAACAAGGUGACUUGGAGCACACAGACCUAAAAUUCGUGCUCGACGCAGCUAGAUUCGGAAACUUUGAAUUCUUGAAUGAGCUCAUUCCCCGUUAUCCAGAUUUGAUUCAUGAAAUUGAUGAGAAUAAUCAUAGCAUAUUUCACAUUGCAGUUGUGCAUCGUCAUGCUAAUAUAUUCAAUCUAAUAUUUGAGAUAGGUUUCACUAAGGAUGUAAUGGCAACUUUGGAAGAUAAUUAUGGCAAUAAUAUAUUGCAUUUAGCUGCAAAACUUCCGCAUCCGAAUCGAGUCAAUAUUGUACCAGGUGCAGCUCUGCAAAUGCAAAGAGAGCUAUUAUGGUUUAAGGAGGUUGAGAAGGUGGUGCAACCUUCAUUUAGAGAAAAGAAAAAUACAAAUGGCCAAACACCUCGAGAAUUAUUCACCCAAGAGCACAAAGAGUUAUUAAGCAAUGGAGAAUCAUGGAUGAAGAAUACAGCAAGCUCUUGUAUCCUUGUCGCAACCAUCAUCGCGACUGUAAUUUUUGCAACGGUAUUUAGUGUACCAGGUGGCAAUGAUAAUAAUCGAGGAAUACCUACUAAUCUAAGAGAUACUUUAUUUCAGGUUUUCAUCAUAUCAGAUGCAAUAGCAUUAUCUUCAUCGUCCUUCUCGAUACUAAUGUUUUUGUCUAUCCUUAGCUCGCAGAAUACAGAAGAUGAUUUUCUCAGAUCCUUACCAUUUAAGUUGAUUUUUGGGCUCUCAUCUCUCUUUAUUUCAAUAAUAACCAUGAUGAUAGCUUUUACCACAACCAUCUUCUUAGCUUAUCAGGAUAGAUUAAAUUGGGUCACCAUACAUGUAGUUCUACUAGCAUCUGUGCCAACCACCAUUUCUGUUCUGCUACGUUGUCCCCUUUUAAGAGAAAUAUCGUAUUCAACAUACCGUUCAAGGUUUGUGUUCAAGUCAAGUACUACUAUGCUUUAAUUUGCUAGAAUUAUUGAAGUUGGUUGUAUUGUAACAUGUAUAUUGAUGUUAAUUAAGUCUUUCAAUUCAGUUAUGUAGCAUAUUCAUAUUCCUCUUAUUUGCGCACAAUUUCCUGGUAAUCUAGUACAUUUAUGUUAAUUAUUAUGGAAGAUACAAAGAUGUUCAAUGGGUUU